GUAGGGCUUUGGUUGCAUUAAAGAGGAGGUUGGAGUCCUGACCGCAGAACAGAUUCAGGUCGUCCCUGGGUUGCGCGCAACGCAGUGUUUGGAAGUCCUUCUCGUUUGCAUCUAUUGGUGACAUGCUCUUCGUCUGCAGAAGCGUCGGAUUGAUCAUGCGCACGUCUUUUACAGUCUGAGACAGAAAGCGUGCACAAGUAUUUCAGAAACCCAAGCACGAAAGCCAUUUCAACUUCUUCAACGGGACGCCGAACUUUUGCAAAGUCGUCCUGGUCAUCCUUUUUUGUUUGUAGGAACGUCCAGGUGACUGCAGCAGCUAUGGGCAGCAAGACGCUCCCGGCUCCGGUCCCCCUACACCCCUCCCUGGCCCAGCUGGCCAACUACUCUCUGCUGCAGAGCUCCACCACGGGCCUCCACCUGCCCGCCGCCGCCGACCACUUCCCGGGCCUCUACAACUUCAGCGCCCUGCACGCCAUCCACCUCCACCAGUGGACGCUGGGCUACCCCCCGCUGGGCCUGCCGCGCUGCGCCAUCGCCAAGCUGCCCGCCCACUUCUCCGCCGCCAUGGCCUCCACCGCCAUCCCCAUCUUCCCCCACCUGCUGCAGCCCAAGCAGGAGCCGGGGGCGACCACCGGCCCGCGCGGCUCCAAGAGCAAGCCCCGCUUUGACUUUGCCAACCUGGCCGCCGCCGCCACCCAGGAGGACCCGCUGAAGGCUGAGGACCUGAGUGUGGCCGGGGCGGCGGCGGCGGCGGCGGCGCUGCAGAACGCGCCCCUGAAGCGGUCCUCCGCGGGGGCGGCGGCCGGGCUGGGCUGCCUGCUGGACGUGGCCAAGCUGACGUCGUCGUCCUCGCCCGAGCGCAAGCCCCCCCGUGGCCGGCUGCCCUCCAAGACCAAGAAGGAGUUUGUGUGCAAGUUCUGCGGCCGGCACUUCACCAAGUCCUACAACCUGCUGAUCCACGAGCGCACGCACACGGACGAGAGGCCCUACACCUGCGACAUCUGCCACAAGGCCUUCCGGAGGCAGGACCACCUCCGAGAUCACCGGUACAUUCACUCCAAAGAGAAGCCGUUCAAAUGCCAGGAGUGCGGCAAAGGAUUCUGCCAGUCAAGGACUCUGGCCGUGCACAAGACGCUGCACAUGCAAGUCAAGGAACUAAAGCCGGCCAAGAUCAAGUGAUUCUUUUUUGUCAGCUUUUUUUUUUUUUGUUCUUUUUAAAAGACAGGGACACUGGAAAAAACAAAUGAAUCCAAAGAGAACUGCUAACUAUCUUUAAUCUACCACAACCCAAGACUUCUCCCUCAUCAUCUCAACUUUGGCAAACAUCUCUCCUAAUGGUCGAGUGGUUUUGUACAACAUGGGAAGAUUGUUCUGGGAAGAAAUGUAUCACCAGCCAAAUAUACAUAAACAAAUACAUGUAUGCGUAUAUAUAUGUAUAUAUAUUUAAAUAUAUAUAUACAUACAUGUAUGUUUUCCUGUUCACUUGGGAAGGUCUGCAGAGGAUAUUUAUGAUGUGCCGUGCUUCCGUUCUCAGAUAAAAACCUAAAAGCAGGGGAGUAGUGAUUGAGAAUACGUUUGAUAUGCAUAAACAGAUUUAUCUGAAACAUCAAGAAGAAAAUAAAUAUAUUUUAUGGCUGCUUCCUAAGACUGACACCUUUGAUCUAAAGAUGUCAUAAAAAUGGGACAGGCCAUCUCUUUUGCAAUGUUUUUUUUGUAAACAUUCUUAAUAUGAUUCAAGCCAUGUUUGCAUAGCCAACCUUUUUUCUCCUUCCGUAGUAUCACAUUCCAAUGUUAUUUUUGUACAUAUAUAUCUAAUUGUAUUUUUGCACUUUAACCCAAUUGAUUAUUUACCUAUAUCACUGGAUUUCCUAAACUUAUUUUCAAAUGAAUAGUCAUUUUCUAAAUAAAAUAUUUUUUACUGUAGUUGCUUGCUUUAUUGCCUGGGAACAAUAUGACUUGUUAUUGUAUUUGUUAAUAAUAAUUUGGGGUACCAGGCCUGAAGUUAUAGCUAUCCCUAUCGUUUUUAUAGGUAUUCUUUUUAUUAGUUUCCUGCCUUUGGUCAAUUUCCUAUCAUGCUAGAGACGCAGAACUUGGCAGGCAGAUAGUUGCCAGUAACCUCAGAAAUGAAAUAUUAUGUUGCCAUGGUAAAGUUGUUGGCAUGGCCUUUCAAGCAAUAAGACUUCUUGUUCAUUUGAUCGAUCCAGAAAACACAUUUGGAGAUAAACCCUUUGUUGAUGCUUCUUACCGAGUGUCAUGCUGAUUGGUGAAAUAUUCUGAUGCGGUUUGAGUUUGAAAAAGCAUCUGCUAUAGAAAUUACAUUUAUUUGCAACCAAACCGCAACAUAUUUGGUACACGUCUUCUUCUUAAAUUAAAUCAGUGUCCGUAUUUGUGAACGCUUCCUCACUGUUAUCUCACUGGCCUCAGUGGCCUCAUUCCUCUCUUUUACUGAACUUAUACGUAACCUAAUAUUAGCCAAUCACAUACUCUUUCAGUUAUAGCUCCACCAAGUAAUUGUCAUUAUAGCCGAUAACACACACCUGCAAGGUGUGCAUGAAGUAAGGGAAGGAUUUUAUUUAAAAUAAAAAAACAAAAAUACUAUUCUUCUUCUAGUUUAGAAGCAAUAUGAAAAAGUUUAAGUAGUGCUUUUUAUAUUGGUAUGCAUAUUUUAUGUUAGGAUUAUAUUUUUUCUAUUCUUUCACUUGAGGAGCCAAAGAGAAGCACCUCUCUUCCUGCCUUCUGCGUUCAUCAGCAUUUGGAAUAGGAAAAGUACUAUUGUAUUUAUUAGGUUGCACAUUAUUCAUUAACUUUGAUCUACCCGAUCUCAUCAAAUGAGAGCUGGGGUACCUGGUCUUAAAGGGGCUGUAGGAAACACAAAAGAGACAUCAUUUUAUUGUCAUUUGUUGGAAUGCAAUAUAUCUGGUCACUGAUUUGGGACUGAAAUGCUCUGAGAAUCGGUUCUGGAUGAAUGUGAUUCUCUUUUCCCUAAUUGCUUCAGGGAAUCCAUCAUUCCUGUCUUUCAUAUUGAUGCACAUGGUUGAUCAUAUAUCUACCCGAGGAGAUAUGAUUUUUUUGGGGUUGAUAUUUCGGCCUGCUUUGCACCUCUCCAAUGUAUGGUUGGCUUUUUGUUUGCAUCAAC